AGCCAGCGUUUCUAUUGGUUCGUUUCUGCCCGCCCUUUUUCUCCAUUGCUCAAGCCUGCUUGAAGGUGAAAUUGACAGAAUCAGUAACGUAGCGUUUCUCUGCAGUCAGUAGCUCUCGUUUGUUUUUCUGCAAAAGAAAAAAAGUCACACGACAUUUUAUAAGCCCAGCAUGACGUCGAUAUUCAGUGAGGUUACUCAAGCCGCUCCCGUCGCCGUGUUCAAACUGACGACGGAUUUCCGUGAAGAUCCAAGUCCUACCAAGGUGAACCUCGGAGUUGGAGCAUACAGGACAGACGAGUGCCAGCCAUGGGUCCUGCCUGUUGUGCGGAAGGUGGAGAAGCUGCUUGCUGAGGAUGACAAUCUAAACCAUGAGUACCUGCCCAUCUUGGGCCUACCUGAAUUUCGUUCCAGUGCGUCAAAGAUUGCUUUGGGUGAAGGCAGUCCUGCCAUUCUGGAGAAGAGGGUAGGAGCUGUUCAGUGUCUUGGAGGAACUGGUGCCUUGAAGAUUGGUGCAGAGUUUCUGCGCAGAUUUUACAAUGGAAACAAUAACACAAAAACACCUGUUUAUGUUUCUUCACCCACAUGGGAGAACCACAAUGCUGUUUUUGCUAAUGCUGGGUUUGAGGAUAUUCGCUCAUACAAAUAUUGGGAUGCAGAGAAGCGUGGACUUAACCUGUCUGGUUUCCUUGGUGAUUUAGAGAGUGCACCUGAAUUCUCAAUUUUCGUGCUGCACGCCUGUGCCCAUAACCCCACGGGCACAGAUCCCAGCCAAGAUGAGUGGAAGAAGAUUGCUGAAGUCAUGAAGAGGAGGAAUCUCUUUGCCUUCUUUGACUCAGCAUAUCAAGGCUUUGCCUCUGGAAAUUUAGAGAAGGAUGCUUGGGCAAUCCGUUAUUUUGUGUCUCAGGGUUUUGAACUAUUCUGUGCCCAAUCUUUCUCAAAGAACUUUGGCCUGUACAACGAGAGGGUGGGCAACUUGACAGUCAUCGCUAAGGAUGCGGACAACCUGAGCCGUGUUCUCUCUCAAAUGGAGAAGAUCGUUCGUAUCACCUGGUCCAAUCCUCCAUCACAGGGAGCUCGUGUGGUUGCGAUAACGCUCAACACCCCAGACCUAUUUGCUGAGUGGAAGGAUAACGUUAAGACGAUGGCUGACAGGGUUUUGUUGAUGCGCGCUGAGUUGAAAGCCAAACUGCAGGAUCUCGGCACCCCAGGCACCUGGGAGCACAUCACUGAGCAAAUCGGCAUGUUCAGUUUCACAGGACUCAACCCCAAACAAGUGGAGUAUCUAGUGAAGGAGAAGCAUGUCUAUUUGAUGGCCAGUGGCCGCAUCAACAUGUGUGGCCUGACCUCUAAGAAUAUUGACUACGUCGCCGAGUCUAUUCAUGAAGCCGUCACCAAAGUCCAAUAAGCAUGUUUCUCAUGCCGUCUUUCCAUUUGUGUGCAACAAAAAGAAUCCUCUUCUCAACCUGUUUAUUUUGUAAUGCAGCAGUCCAGCAUCAUUUCCUAGCUCUAUGAUCAAAUAUAAACUGUAAACUAAUUUAGCAUUCAAGGUCAAGUAGUUGCUCAAGAGAGAGUGUUUUGUGUGGCGUUCGUCUCACUUCUAAUCAUCCUGGAUUAGAACACAAGUCUGUUUCCCUUGUAGCGGUGCACCAGGGAGUUUCUUGGUGUUCCUUAAAGAAGCACUUUCUUGUAUAAUUAUGGAGUGAUGAAUCAGUGCAACAAAGUUGUAACUGAAUGGAUGUUAAGUUUCAGCUUGAUUUGGUUUUAGAAAUGUACUUACUAUGUUCUUUUCAGAAGUGAAGGUUGAUAAGAUGAUUCUGUAAAGCUAAACAAUGAUGUGAAACCUAUAAAAUAUAUAGUCCAAAAACUUUCAAGUCCGGGGCAACAUUGUCAUAAUGGUGUGUUUUAAAUAAACACACGCCUGUGUCGAUUUUACCCCUGACUUUAUGUGAUGUUAAUCUGCUCCUGAUAUACUCUCAUCAAAGUACUGUACACUUUAAUAAAACAGACUGACCAGAUACCAAUACGAACCACAGUGACUUUCACAAUAAUAGAAAAUAAGAACAAUGUAUGUUUAUUGUUGACGGUUCUUGGAAAUGGUUUGCACUUUAUGAUGAUUCUUUCACAAUUGUUGCUUUUGCUCCUCUCUGAAUGCUGUGCAUGUGUGUUUAGGGUCAGUACAGUGUUCGUGUCAUUGACCUUUGUUAAAUAUAUUAUCAUAACACAAGCAACAUUUGACUUAUGUUGCUUAAAUGCCUAAAUGUUAAUUAAGCCAUUCUCAACGAAUGUUGACGCACACAAUAUAAUAUGACAAAAAACUGAACAAACCUCUUGAAAUAAAUAGUAUGAAAACACCA